AUGAGUGAUGAAGUUUUGGAAAUAGGUCCUGAGUAUGAACCUCAGAGACGUUUACUUUCAAGAUUCAUAAAAGGUGAAUAUCCAAUUCCAACAGAAGAGGAAAGACAGCCACACGGUUAUGCUAAAGCUAAUUUACUAAGUAAAAUUUUUUUUUGGUGGGUUACUCCUAUUUUGAAGACUGGAUAUUCGCGUACGAUAAGACCCAGGGAUCUUUUCUAUCUUACCGAUGAUUUGAAGAUCGCCAACAUGGCCAGAGAAUUCGAUGAGAAUCUUCAAGCCAGAGUAGCAGUAUGUAGACACGCUUGGGAACUGGAUCCUGCUAACGAGGGGAAACCAUUUAGAACCUGGCCCAAAUUAACCCUCGCAAAGACGGUUGUUAGUACAUUGAGACAUGAUGUAGUUAAAGCGACCGUGCUUGGGUCACUUUGUAUUAUAUUUAUGUCAUUGAUGCCAUUGUUAAUGAAACAGCUUCUUAAGUUUGUAGAAGCAUAUGAACUUCCAUACAGUACUCAACCUUUAGGCCCCGGUAUAGGUUAUGCUGUUGGAAGCAGUUUGGCAAUUAUGGUAAUGGGGUUCUUAUUUAACCACUACAUAAAUGCAGCUUUGCAUUUAGGUAUUAAAACCAAAUCCAUAUUGAUAACAUUGGUAUUGGAAAAAUCGUUCAGAUUACUGGCAAGUUCUAGAAAGAAGCACACUGCUGGAAAGAUAACUUCUUUAAUGGGAACUGAUCUUUCAAGAGUUGAUUUGGGUAUGAUGAUGCAGCCAUUGCUUAUCGUGUUACCUAUCGGUGUGGUAAUUGGAAUUGUCAUAUUGGCCGUAAAUUUGGGCAUUGCUACACUCAUCGGUUUGGGUGUUUUCUUGUUUUUCAUUGUGCUUAUUGGAGCUGGAACUGCUAAAAUGUUUUCCUAUAGAGAGGCUGUAACAAAGUUAACAGAUAAUCGUGUGGACAUAAUCAAAGAAGUUUUGGGUAACUUAAAAAUGAUUAAAUUUUAUUCAUGGGAAAUCCCAUACAUGUCUAAAAUUAUUGAAGCAAGAAGUGCUGAAAUUAGUGCAAUGUUAAAGAUUCAAGCUGCAAGAAACAUAGUCGAUGCACUUGCAUUAAAUUUAACAGGUAUCACGUCCUUUAUUACCUUCGUUUGUCUUUACAAAAUCCAUGGAACAUCGAAGGGUCCAGCGGCUAUAUUCUCUUCAGUUUCGGCAUUUAAUGCUUUGGCUACUGUGACAUUCUUGUUACCUAUGUGUUUGGCACUUGGUGUCGAUUUAUUGCAUGCAUUUAGAAGAGUGGAAAGAUUAUUAGCCUGUGAGGAGCUUGUUGUUGAUGAGAACUAUAUUACAAUUCAAGACGACAAUUCUGAUGUAUCUAUUGAUAUUCAGAGCGCAGAUUUCUCUUGGGAUACUUCAGUAGUACCAGAUGAUGAAGAUGAAGUAAAGGAAAAGAUUAAGGCAGAGAAAGCUAAGGAAAAGAAAAUCGCCAAGUUGAAAAAGCAAGGGAAAUAUGAUGAAGAAAAGGAAAAGAAAGAUAAGAAAGAAAACUCAACCACUCAAAACGAAAACUCUAACUUCCCCGGGUUACUCAAUGUCGAUCUUACUGUUCAAAAGGGGGAAUUCAUUGUCAUCACAGGUGUUAUUGGUUCAGGUAAGUCUUCCUUACUUAAUGCCAUUGCUGGUAAUAUGAAACUUGAUAAUGGUAAGGUAAUUGUGAAUGGUGAAUACUUAUUGUGCGGUGAGCCAUGGGUUCAAAAUGCUACAAUUAAGGAUAAUAUUGUUUUUGGUUCGGAAUUUGAUGAAAAGUUAUAUAAAAGAGUCAUUCAUGCCUGCUCAUUGCAACAAGAUUUGAAUUCUUUUGAUGCAGGUGAUUACACUGAAGUUGGUGAAAGGGGUAUUACUCUUUCUGGUGGCCAAAAGGCAAGAAUCAAUUUAGCAAGAGCAGUAUAUGCGCAACCUGAUAUCAUCUUAUUGGAUGAUGUAUUAAGUGCCGUAGAUGCAAGAGUUGGUAAACAUAUCAUGACAAACUGUAUCUUAGGACAAUUAAGCGAUACUACAAGAAUAUUAGCUACUCAUCAACUUUCCUUAAUUGAAAGUGCUCAUAAGAUUAUAUUCUUGAAUGGUGACGGAUCAAUGGACAAUGGAACAUUCGAGGAUUUGAGGAACAAAAAUGAAGGAUUUAGGAAUUUGAUGAGCUUUAGUAGCACCAAGAAGGAUUUGGAAGAAGAAAUUGUUUUGAGCCCACAAGUUCCAGGCACUCCCACCAGUAUUGAUGAAAAGUAUCAGUAUUUUGAUGGCAAGAUUAUAUCCGCAAAGUCUACUAAAAAAGAAGGAUUUGACGAUGACUGUGAACUGAACUUAGAAGAAAAAGAUAAAGAUUUUACAAAAGGAAAAUUGCAUGAGGACGAAGAAAAAGCCGUGAAUAGAAUUAAAUGGAAAAUAUAUCAUAGGUAUAUAAAGUCUGGUGCUGGGAAAUUAGGAGUGAAAGGAUUCCUUGUUUUGUUUCCUAUUUCAGCUGCAUUGUCUACAUUUACAAACCUUUUCACCAACACUUGGUUAUCAUUUUGGGUUUCUGACAAAUUUGAAGGUAGGGAUAGCUCUUUCUGGAUGGGUCUCUAUGCUUUAUUCACUUUUACUGCGGUUAUAUUCGUAUGUCUCGAAUUUUUCCUUUUGAUCAACACAUCUACCAAUGCUUCAAAGAAUCUUAACCUUGCUGCAGUAAAAAAUUUGUUGCAUGCACCAAUGUCCUUUAUUGAUACAACACCAACAGGAAGAAUUUUAAAUAGGUUUACUAAAGACACAGAUGCUUUAGAUAAUGAAAUCAGUGAAAAUUUAAGAUUCUUAUUUUAUGGAAUGGCCAACUUAAUUGGUAUUUUGAUUUUAUGUUGCAUUUAUUUACCAUGGAUCUUAAUUGCGGUACCAGUAUUUGGUGGGGUCUUUGUUUGUGUUGCAAAUUACUUCCAAGCAUCAACUAGAGAAAUUAAGAGAAUUGAAGCAGUACAGAGAUCUUUCAUUCAUAAUAAUUAUUCUGAAACUUUAAAUGGUAUGUCUACUAUCAAAGCAUUUAGAGCUGAGAGAAGAUUUAUCGGAAAAAACAAUGCUUGUAUUGAUUCCACCAAUGAAGCUUCUCUUCUUGUUGUUGCCAACCAAAGAUGGUUAGCUCAGAUGUUAGAAGUUAUGGUGUUUUUUUUCACUUUAUUAAUUACAUUGUUGUGUGUAAAUAAAGUGUUCAAUAUAAGCGCAUCAUCGACUGGUUUGAUUAUAAGUUAUGCCUUUAGUAUUGGAAAUGAGUUAUCUCAAUUUAUUAGAUUAUAUACUCAAGUUGAGAAUGAUAUGAAUUCUGCUGAAAGAUUGGAAGCAUACGCCUACCGUAUGCCCCAAGAAGCUCCUUUUGAGAUCUCCCACACUAAACCAGAAACUUCCUGGCCAAGAAAGGGUGAUUUGGAAUUCAGGAAUGUUUCAUUAAGUUAUAGACCAUUGUUACCUCUUGUGUUGAAGGAUUUGAGCUUUAAAGUUCAACCUGGUGAAAAGAUUGGUAUUUGCGGUAGAACAGGAGCUGGUAAAUCAUCAAUUAUGACAGCAUUAUUCAGAAUUGCAGAGUUACAUCUGGGAAGUAUUGUGAUCGAUGGAAUCGACAUCAGUUCUAUUGGGUUACAUGACUUAAGGUCGAAUUUAUCAAUUAUUCCGCAAGAUCCCGUAUUAUUCAAUGGUACAAUUAGAAAAAACUUGGAUCCGUUUAAUGAGCAAGAUGAUGAAGCCAUUUGGGACGCAUUAAGGAGAGCUGGUGUUAUUGAGGAGAGUGAGUUCAAGCAGGUUAAGGAGUCUUCCUUCGAAACGAAUGGAGAUUUACACAAGUUUCAUUUAGAUCAAAUUGUAGAGGAACAAGGUGCCAAUUUUUCAUUAGGAGAAAGACAAUUAAUUUCUUUUGCAAGAGCUUUAUUAAAGAAUACAAAGAUAUUGAUUCUUGAUGAAGCAACCAGUUCUGUUGAUUAUGAGACUGACAGUAAAAUACAGAAAACCAUUAUUAGAGAGUUUGGUGACUGUACAAUUUUAUGUAUUGCUCAUAGAUUAAAGACAAUCAUUAAUUAUGACAAAAUCUUAACCUUAGAUGAUGGAUGUUUGUCAGAAUUUGAUACUCCUUGGGCAUUAUUCAAGGGAGAUGGAAUUUUCAGCCAAAUUUGUGAAAAGUCAGGAAUAGUGGACUCCGACUUUAUUAGGAGAUAG